GACAACUCAGCCCUUUACGACAUCUGACGAAAGCAUUUACGACAGCGUCAUGGCGGCGCACGGUGUCAGUUUUGAGAGUUCGAGCAGCAUCGACGAAAGGAAGGCUAGUAAGCGACAGGCACGACAGGAGGCAAUUGAAAAGGCUAAGCAGCAGUACGAGAAGGAAGAGAAGAGGAAGGAGCUGAAGAGGCAGAGAGGGGAGGACACAUGGAUGCUCCCUGAGAUUAAUCAGAGGCUGCAGGAGAUUAAAGAAGAUGGGUCUGUGAAGAGCAAGAAGAAGAAGAAGGAGAAAAAGGAGAAGAAAAAAAAGGAGAAGAAGAAGAAAGCCAAUAAGGAGAAGAGGACUGCAGCUGAGGCAGGAGAUGGCUCUAGUGACAGCUCAGGAGACUCAGAGGAUGACUGGGUUGAAGCUCAGCCACAGACACAAGCUGCUAAAGCCUGGCAGGUUCCUGAUGAAUCCAAGCCCCCAGAGAAUAACAUCGGCACAGCCCAGAAUGUCCAGAGAGACGAAUGGAUGACCUUUGACUUCCUGGCGAUGAGUACCACGUCCACGACAGAGAGAAGAGCUGAGAAAGAACGUCUGAAAGAGGAGGAGAGAGCAAAGGCUCAGGCCAUUGAACAGGCUGGUUUGCACAAAUUGGAGCUAAACCCAUACUGGAAAGAUGGAGGAAGUGGUCUGCCCCCAGUGGAGAUGGCUGGUUCUGCAGCAAAGAAAGCUUCUGCAGGUCCAGUGGUGAAUGAUGGAGGUCUGAGCUGGCUGAGGAAGAGCCAACAGAGGAUGAAGGAGCAGGCAGAGAGGGAGCAGCGCAGCUUCAAAGACGUGGUGGCUGAAAGAUACGGAUCAAUGGAGGAAUUUCAGCAGAGACUUGCAGAUGCAGAGAAAGCUGUGUAUGGACAGAGGAGAGGAGGAGGAGUGGGAGAAGAAAGAGACAGAAUGGCGAGAGGUGGCUGGAGGAGAGAGGAAAAUGAGUCCAGAGAGAAAUGGCGAAAGCAAGAGGGAGAUGGGGCAGAGAGAAAUCGGUGGAGAAGAAACGAAAGGGAAAGGGAUUCGUCACCUGCAGACAGAGAGAGAUACCGUGCUGGAAGAGGCGAGGAGAGGGUGAGGGGAGGGUAUCGAGGCAGGGAGGAUGACAGAAGUCGAGACGGAGACAGGUUUAGAGAGAGGGACAGGCAUAGAGAGAGAGAUAGAGAUGGUGAAAGAGACGGAGGGAGAGACAGAGAUAAUGAAAGAGACAGAGAGAGGUAUCGAGACAGUGAAAGCGAGAGAGGGGGUGACAGGGAAAGAGAUGGAGGAAGAGACAGGGACAAUGAAAGAGACAGAGAGAGGGAUAAAGAAAGAGAGAGGCCCGAUGUUGCAUCAUCAUCAUCAUCAUCAGGAGAAAAUUGGAGUCACCGUUCGUCCUCUCUCGGGUCACUAAAGAGCCGCUUCCUCAAACCCUCAGAGGAUGAUGACAGUAGUGAAGCUCCGCAACGCCGUCCUCGUCCAACAAGGCCGACGGCAGGGUUUCUGAAACCCAGUUCCGAUGAUGAAGACUCUGGUCCUCGUCACACCGGCAUUCCGACCUGCAAAAAGAGCAGCAAUCCUGCCCAACAAUCUGACAGCACGGAAAAACCACAGCAGGAGAAAGAGAGGGAUCCGGGGAACACUGUAACUGAUCCUCAAGGCGGUCUGCGUGGCGAUAAAACUGCUGUAACGACAUCAAGGAGUGAGAGUGAAAGUGAGGAGGAAGAGGAAGAAGAGGAAGAAGUUCCCCUGAUGUCAGAGGAGGAGAUGAACAAACUGGGAGCCAAACUGGUGAAAGCAGAGAUCAUGGGCAACACGGCCAUGGUUGAGAGGCUAAAAUCGCAGCUGGAUGCAGCACAUAAAGCCAAAGAGAGCCACGCUGCCCGCAUGAAGUUACAAGAAACUGCUAAAUCAAAGCAGGCUGCAGGUCGCUCCAGUGAAGACCAGGAAGUCCUGCUGUUCAGAACAGACCAAUCAGGUCGGGCCUGGCCUGUCAAUGCCCCCUCUGGACCUCAGGAGCCCCAUGGAGGACGGCGGAAGAAGAAAGCGAUUGAGACUCAUGUUGAUGGCGAGCGUGUGCGCUACUUCCAGGAUGAUGACGAUGUGGGUCUGAAGGAGAUGGUGAGGAGAGAGAAGAUGAGCACUUCACAGGAUCAGAAUGCCCUUUACUCCCGCAUGGCUGCCAAGAUGAUGGGGAAGACAGACGGCGAUAACUACACGCUGGAUGACAUGUUUGUGUCGGGUGCGGCGCAGCGGGAGGGCGAGGGCAGGGAGGAGGAGCGCAUGAGGUGCAAAGCCAUCGGCGAGAGUAGGAGGCUGGCUGCCUCCAUGGAGAAGUGCCAGCACUGCUUCAGCAGCCAAGAGCUCCAGAAGCAUCUCAUCGUGGCUAUAGGGAGCAAGGCGUACGUGAGCCUGCCUGCAGGAGUGUCCAUGGCAGAGGGCCACUGUCUCAUCUGUCCUCUCCAGCAUCACUGCUCUUCCACCGGAUUGGAUGAGGACGUGUGGUCUGAAAUGCAGCUGUUCCGCCGUACUUUAGUGCGUAUGUUUGAGUCCCAGGAGCUGGACUGUGUAUUCAUGGAGACGCACAUGAACCUACGCAGGAGACAACACUUGGUCCUCGAGUGUAUCCCACUACCCCGAGAACUGGGCGAUAUGGCACCCAUAUACUUUAAGAAAGCUAUCAUGGAGUGUGACGAGGAGUGGGCCAUGAACAAGAAGGUUGUCGACCUCUCUUCAAAAGACAUCCGCCAUGCUGUUCCUCGAGGUCUGCCAUACUUUGCUGUUGACUUUGGACUUCAGGGAGGAUUUGCUCAUGUCAUUGAAAAUGAACAGAAGUUUCCUCAUUACUUCGGCAAGGAAGUAGUUGGAGGCAUGAUGGACUUGGAGCCGCGUCGUUGGAGGAAGCCGAUAAGAGAGAACUUUGACGAUCAGAGGAAAAAAGUCCUGCAGUUUGCACAGUGGUGGAAACCGUACGACUGUACCAAGACCAAGGGCUAGCUAGGAAAGACUAUGUAAAAACACACUGAAUCCCAGUUCAGGACAUUUUAAUGUUUAAAAAUUAAAGAGACAUUGCUUGCUGUAUUGUUAGUUCUACUCAGAAUUGUUUCAUAUGACUGUUUCAUGUUUCCCAACAUUGAAAAGACCUAAAUCACACCCUCCCUUCAUGCAGUAAUAUGAAAUAUUAAAAUAAACACUUUGUGACACAUUGUGA